AUGGCUACUUUCCAUGAUAAAGAUCAUAAUAUAGUUGAAAUUGAAGAAGAUCAUGGAUUUGAAAUUCCUACACACUUGAGUGAAAGCAAUCAUGAUGAAUUGGUGAAUAAUGGUGAAUUUAAUAUAGGCGAGAUUGAACAAGAUGCCAGUGAGAAUGUGAAGAGUGAUGUGAAUAAUGCGACCAUAGAGUUAUGUAUUGGAAUGGAGUUUCAAUCACUAGAUGAUGCUUUAAUGUGCUAUACUAAUUAUGCAAAACAUGAAGGAUUUGGAAUUCGCAAAAGCCGCAUACUAAAGUCUAGAAAGAAUCAAAUGGUUAUUGGACAAGAGUUUGUUUGUUCAAAGGAAGGUUACCGUGCUAAAAAAUAUUUACAGCAGGACAAUAGGAAAAAGCCUCCACCUGAUGAAACACGCAUGGGAUGCAAAGCUAUGAUUUCUGUAUCUAGAAAAGACGAAGCCAAAUGGGUAAUAUCUAAAUUUACUAGAGAUCAUAAUCAUGUGCUGGCUUCUCCUAGUAGUGCUCGAUUUCAUCGAGUUCAUAGAAAGAGGACAAAAUCUCAAGGGACUUUGAUUGACGUGCUUGAUGAAUCUGGAAUUCGUCCUAGUAAAAUAAUGUCUGUUUUGGUUACUGAAUCUGGGGGAAUAGAUAGGGUUGGUUGCAUUGAGCGAGAUAUUCAAAAUUAUUUAAGUAACAAAAGACAAAAGCAACUUGAGAAAGGAGAUGCACAAGCAAUGUUGAAUUAUUUCAAGGAGUUCAAUCACCAUCACCAGUCUAUUUUAUUUGGUUGUGCUCUGUUAUGGGAUGAGACAGUGGAAACAUUUGUUUGGCUAUUGAAUACUUGGUUAGGAGCAAUGGAUGGAUGUCAUCCAAAAACAAUAAUUAUAGAUCAAGAUGCAGCUAUAACUACUGCAAUUGCAAGGGUCUUGCCAAAUACUGCACAUCAUUUUUGCAUGUGGCAUAUUGAGAAAAAAUUUCCAGAAAAUCUUAGUCAUGUUUAUCAAAAGUUUGAUGAUUUUAAGUUUCAAUUUUCACAUUGUAUCCAUAGGAUAUAUAUGCCUAGUGACUUUGAAGUAGAAUGGGAAAAAAUUCUUGACAAGUAUGGUUUACGAGAAAAUAGUUGGCUUGAGAAGUUGUAUUCCAUUCGUGAAAAAUGGAUUCCUGCUUAUGUACGUACUAGUUUUUGUGCCGGAAUGUCUACUACUCAAAGAAGUGAAAGUAUGAAUAAGUACUUUAAAGAUUAUAUAAAUGCUAAUACACCAAUAAGUAAGUUUGUUGUUCAAUAUGACAAGGCUCUUGAUGCAAGGUACAAUAAAGAAAGGGAGAAAACCUUCAAAACAUUGAAUUCAAAACCUAUCUUAAAGACAUUGUAUCUAAUGGAGGAAGAAGCUUCAAAGGUUUAUACAAGAAAGAUGUUUAGAAUGUUUCAAGACGAAUUGAUUCAUUCUCAGCAAUUUGUUGCAGAAAAGUUUAUUACUAAUGAGCAUGAGUCUGUAUAUAAGGUGCAUGAGUUUGAUAAAGAAAAACCAGAGUACAUAGUGACAUUCAUGCGUUCGUCAACAACUAUAGAGUGCUCAUGUCACAUGUUUGAAUUUUUGGGCAUCCUUUGUAGACACCAAUUGAUGGUUCUUCUCAAGAAAAAUGUAUAUUCUUUACCUAAGCACUACAUUUUACAAAGGUGGACAACAGAUGCUAAAAAAGGAGAAAUUAGAAGCACAUCAAAUGAAGAAGAGAUGUGUGGUUACAAUAUGUGUUCAACAACAUUGUUUAAUAAUAUCAUGGUUCACUCAUUAGAACUUUCGGAAAAGGCUUCACGUUCAAAAAAACAUUAUGACACCACGAUAGAAAGCUUGCAAUGUUUAUUCAAAAAGUUAGAUGCAUUGAAGAUUGAUGAUGACAUGACUAGUAGCACUGGCCGUUUGACAAGCAUGAUAAGUAAUCAAGAUGAUGAUAAUAAUAAUGUACCAAUGCGCGAUCCUCCUCGUGUGACUACAAAAGGUCGUCCUCGGUCUAUCAGAAUGAAAGGAGCUUUAGAGCUUAAAAGUAAUCGAGUUACAUGUUCAACUUGUAAAAAGAAAGGGCACACCAAACGUACUUGUACACUGAAAAACAAAAUAUGUGAUCUCAAAGCGUACGAGUUCGAGAUGAAAUCAAAACUUGAGGAGGAACGUGAAGAAAGAACCACAGCCUUAGUAGCCAAACAACCAUCAAACUCAAGGAAAUUCAAAAAAUUCAUGCGGAAGAACAACUUCAACAAUUCAUCUCAAAGAAAUCAAGGAAGUUCAUCCAGAAGACCUAGAAGAGAAUUUUCUGAUGAUAACACAAACCUGAGCUACAACUGUAGAAAACCAGGACAUUUCAUGGCAGAAUGUCCAUACCCCAAGGAAAUAUCUAAAUCAAAGGAUAGAAGAUUCAAGAAGGAUAAAAGGAAAGCUUUAAUAAGUGACCCUCUUGAGACAAGUGGGUCUGAGGAAUCUUCAAGUGAUGAAAGUGAUAGCUCAACGGAGGAUACUGCACUGCUGUGUCUUUUAAGCAUAACCAGUGAAUCAGAUUUCCAGGAAAAAUGCUUAAUGGCGCAUGAAGUAGAAGAAGACGAGGUAACAUCUAAAUCCUUUGAUUAUGCAAACUCAUCUUUUUCUAGAGAAUCUAUAUUUCAAUGA